UCGCGGAGGAGCCAGGACGAUGUGAGAGUUAAUCACACAUGGUGGGUGGACCCCCUCGUCGUUACCUAGCUGCCAGGUGUUGUUUCCGUGUAGGUAAACGCGGCUGUUCUGAGGCUCGCGCUGCCGCUAACGUGAGGGAUUAGUUUACGGUGAGCCGGACAGCGGAGGCUCACUACGGUGGGAUGGGCUGUGAGGUGUUCAACAUGGCGGCGCCCUGUGCAGUGCAUCUACUCUAACAGAGGUGCCUGGAGACUGUAUUGGUGGGUGGGCCCCAGGAGUCCUCCAGGCAAGCCAGGACUGUCACUGUGAGAGAAGCGCGGCCUCCGCCUCCAGCACUGCCACCACCAUGGCCAGGGAGCAGCCCAACGUGGGAGACCUCCUCCCACUCCUGGAGACCUCCGACCUCCAACAGCUCGAAGCGAUCCGAGGCCUUCUCAACGAGCAGCUCAGCACUGAGCGAGGCUCCAUGCUGCUGAACGGGCUGGUGGAUUACUUUUUGGAAACCAACUCCGCCCAGGCCCUGCAUAUCCUCUCUUCUGUCAGAGAGCCACACGAUAAGCACCUUCUAGACAAGAUGAACGACUGUAUGACCAAACAGGCCUGCCGGCUGCCCACCCUCCUGCUGCUUGGCCAUGUAGUCCGCAGGCAGCCGUCCUGGAUCCACAAGGUUGCUCGUUACCCUCUGCUGCUCUCUCUGCUCAAAUGCCUGAAGACGGACACAGAUGUAGUAGUGCUGAUAACCGGAGUGCUGGUGCUGAUCACUCUGCUGCCGAUGAUUCCUCAAGCUGGGAAGCAACACCUGUGGGAAUAUUUUGACAUCUUUGGCCGACUGGCAUCGUGGAACCUUAAGAAUCCAGGCCACGUUUCAGAGGUGUACCUAAUCCACCUGCACGCCAGCGUCUACUCGCUCUUCCACCGGCUCUACGGCAUGUACCCGUGUAACUUUGUGUCCUACCUACGCUCCCAUUACAGCAUGAAGGAGAACAUGGAGACCUUUGAGGAAGUGGUGAAGCCGAUGCUGGAGCACGUCCGAGUACAUCCCGAGCUGGUGACGGGAACAAAGGACCACGAACUCGACCCGACUAGAUGGAAAAGGUAUGAAAUCCACGAUAUCGUCAUUGAAUGUGCCAAAGUGUCCCUAGACCCCAAGGAGGCCUCCUGCGAGGAGGGCUACGCCACCAUGCCAGAAAACUUUUACCCCCAACUCCACCUGCGACCACAGGACUGCACUUCAAGCCCAUACACAGACCUCCACAGCAGCUAUGGAAGCUCUUCUUCGACCCCGUUCUCAACUCCACGGCAGCCACUACCCCCACCCCUGUCCUUGCCCCCUUUCUCAGGGACGCAGUCCUCCUGCCGCAGCCCGCAGACCUCCAGACGGCAGAACUCCACCUGUGAACUCAACUCUUCCUGCGGGGGGAAAGACCCUCUGUGGAGCCCCUCCUCUUUGUGUGGCAUGGCCACACCCCCUUCCUCAAGGGGCAUGUCGCCCAACUUGGAGCUCUCCCACAGUUCCUCGCUCCUUCCCAGCCGCUUCCACUGCACAUCGGCAGGAGGGAAAGGAACGCCUGCCUCCAGCACUCCAGCCACCUCCUCUCCACCUCCCACUCUAUCAGAUGAUUUCCCUAUCAUCUCCUUACCAGCCAGCACCGUCCAGUCCAGUCCUCCGAGAAAAGAUCGUCGGCAAGGGGAAACCAGUAAACCUGGACUGGUGAGACAGGAACAAGUUAGAGACACAGAGACGUCCACCAACCGAGAUGCAGGAAGUGUGGCGAGCAUCUCCAUGACGCUUACGGAGCUGUCGGUGUUCAUGAAGAAGCAGGAGCUGGAGCUUCAGCUGAGGACAGAAAAGGAGAGAGAGGAAGCCGCCAUCACCGAGGAGCUGUUGAAGCUCACUGAGGAGAAGCUGGAGCUGCCAGGUCUGAGGGGCUUCGACUCACCCUUUUAUCGCACCACCGAGACUCUGACCGGGAGUCGGGCACCGGACAAGACCGCCCGGUCGGGAGGCACCGUCGGAGACACCCACCAAGCCGUGUCGACGCCGGACAAAAGUGAGAUCUCGGUGAGCAGCGAAAGAGGAGGAGCAGGAGGAGACGGCCAGAGCUCCGCCCUCGAGCAGUCCUGGACCUUCCAGUCUGGUUUCACGCCUAUCGACCACCACCUCCACAGAAGCCCCUCGGCCCCCAAAGACGAAGUCAGCAAGUUCGGGAUGUUCUCACCGAGCCCAUGCAGCAAGAUGCCCGCUCCGGUGCCCUACGAGUCGCUCUUUGACCUGGCCCUGCCGAGGGCGGCCUCGCUCUUCGUGGGUCAGAAAACGUCUGAGGUGGUUCACAAAGCGGCGCUGGAGAGGCUGCUGCAGCGGGAGGAGGGGCUGGAGGACGGGGAGGAGGAGGGGGUGGUGUCAGCUUCACCGCUGGAGGUGCUGGAUCGCCUUGUGCAGCAGGGGAGCGAUGCCCACGAUAAAGUUCUCAAGAGAUUACCUUUGCCAAGUAAGUCAGCU